CACCCCACCUCCAUGGAAGCAAGAAACAGCACAGAAGUAUCCCAGUUCCUCCUCCUGGGCAUCUCAGAGGAUCCAGCACUGCAGCCUGUCCUCUUUGGCCUCUUCCUGUCCAUGUACCUGGUCACCGUCCUGGGGAACCUGCUCAUCAUCCUGGCCGUCGGCUCCGACACCCACCUCCACACUCCCAUGUACUUCUUCCUCUCCCACCUGUCCUUUGUGGACAUCUGCUUCACCUCCACCACCGUCCCCAAGAUGCUGGUGAACAUCCAGACACAGAGAAAAGACAUUUCCUACGUAGGCUGCCUCACUCAGGUGUAUUUCUUUAUGGUAUUUGCCGGGCUGGACAACUUCCUCCUGACCGUGAUGGCCUAUGAUCGGUAUGUGGCUGUCUGCCACCCCCUGCACUACACGGCCAUCAUGAACCCCCAGCUCUGUGGGCUCCUGGUCCUAGUGUGUUGGUUCACCAUUUCCUGGGUCUCCCUGCUUCAUAUUCUACUGAUGGUGCGGCUGACCUUCUGUGUAGGCGCUGAAAUCCCGCACUUCUUCUGUGAGCUGGGGCAGGUUCUCAAGGCGGCCUGCUCUGACGCCCUCAUCAAUGACAUCGUCUUGUAUGUGGCCACGGCUCUGCUGGGUGUGUUUCCUCUCACCGGAGUCCUGUUCUCUUACUCUCAGAUCGUCUCCUCCAUAGCGAGGAUGGCCUCCACUGAGGGCAGGUGUAAAGCAUUUUCCACCUGUGGGUCUCACCUGUCUGUGGUCUCCUUGUUCUAUGGGACAGGCAUGGGCGUCUCCCUCAGCGCUGCUGUGACCCAUUCUCCCCAGAGGAGCUCGAUUGCCUCAGUGAUGUACACGGUGGUCACCCCCAUGCUGAACCCCUUCAUCUACAGCAUGCGGAACAGGGAUGUGAAGGGGGCCCUGGGAAGGCUCCUCAGCUAAAUAGCCUCUUGUCAAGAUGGGCCAUUGACCACAGAACUGAGCAGACACUUUGGGCCCCAGAGGCACAACCACAAAUUUCAAUAUCCUGGAUCUUUACCGUCCUAAAUGAUGCUCCCCACUACUUCCAUUUCUUAUAUUACCUUCUCAACAACUCCAUAAUUGUUGACUCUUCGCCCUCCUUGCAGCCCCUAAAGCUCUAGCCUGGUCAACUUUCUUACACCCAUUCCAGAGACUUCCAGCGUUAGGUGUGAAGCACUUCUAUCAAGUGCUGACACGGUUUCCCCAAAAGUUAUCCUCACGUGUUCAUAUUCUUCACCUUAGUUUGGUUCUGUGUUGGUUUAUUCCUGGAAGAAAUGGAAUGAAAAUCACACAAUCAGCAUAACUAAGGUGCAUAUCAAGACUGCUCCUGUUUACAGUGUUUAACUUCAUGUAUUCCUGACCAUAUUUCUUUGUGGUAUUUUCUCUCAUUUACCUCAUUUUUCAGAGAAAGAGAUUGAAUUUGGAUAGACUUUUACCCCGAAACGUGAUAUCUUCAUAACUUUUCUGUCAUAGUUUUCAUGAAAACAGUGAUUUGAUUAUUUUCAACUUGAAGGGUAGGAUCUAGAUUUGAAAGCAUUUAUUCAGGUGAUUCAGAGGAACAUAUUGCAGAGGAAAAUGCUGAGAUACCACUUCCCUCUUUUCCUUCUUUCUGUCUUCCUUCCUGCCUUCCCGCUCUACUUUCCUGGUUUUUGGACAUUUAUUUCCCAUCAUUGAAUAUUUACCAUGUUGCCCUAAGUCCUAAAAUGUAUAUAUGAACACAAUAGAUUAAGACUUGUUCUCUCACAUGGUUUGUGUUUGGAGGAGGGUACCCUCCGGAGAUGCCACCAGGAAUGGUAGGUACACUCUUCUGGGAUGUAUUCAGAAACUAUUUCAUUUUUGAAAAGAUUAUUGAUAGGAUUGAGUGCAGUGAAGGGUGGAGAAGGAGAUAUCAGCAUUUCUGGCACAUUCCACGGGAUCCUUUUUCUGUCUCCAAUGCAUACCAGCCUGAUUGACAGUGGUCAUCACCAGAUGGGACCUACUUUUUUUCCGCCUCCUAAUUUUUUUUGUGGCUUGAUGGCUUGUUUUCUUUUCAUUACAGAAUAAUAUCCCAGUUUGCACACAUAGCAGUUUGUUUGCCAAUUCAACUUUGAAGGAUAUUUGGAUUGCUUCUAGUUUUUGAGAGCUUUAAAUAAAUCUACUACAAAUAUUUCUGUAUAGGUUUUUCUGUGGACAUAGUUUUUGAGUCAUUUGGAUCACUGCUGCAUGACCAGAUGACAUGGCGAUGUUGGGCCUUAUAAUGAGAUGCCAAACCCUUAUAGAAGUGUCAUG